AUCAAUUUUUAAUUAAUAUUUAUUCCCCCUCUCCCUCCUCUCGAUAAUCCUUCCUCCUUGAGAUUCUCGCUUUAACUCCUCCCCCUCCCCCAUAUUGUUAUCUCCAUUCUCCUCCGAGACUUCUCCGACCUUCUCAGAUCAGCUUUUCGCAGAUCGAUCUAGGCGAUCUAAUAUUCGGAGGAAUUUUGUGUGGAUUUCAAACAUUCAAGAUCUUGAUCGGCCGAGAGUCGAGAUGGCGGAAGAGCACAGAUGCCAAGCACCGGAAGGCCACCGUCUCUGCGCUAACAACUGCGGAUUCUUCGGCAGCCCGGCGACGAUGAAUCUCUGCUCCAAAUGUUACAGAGACUUUUGCCUCAAGGAGCAACAGGAGGCUUCGAUCAAAUCCACCGUCGAAGCCUCCCUCUCCUCCGCCUCGGCCUCGGCCUCUUCGUCGUCGUUGUCGUCUCCUCCGGUGAUUGACUUCCGCUCCCUGCCUCCUCCUCCGCUGUUGACUCUGCCGGAGGUCGCCGAGGCAGAGGAUCUACCGCCUCCUCCGGAGGCCGCGGUUGAUGCGGUGGCGCAGCCGAAUCGGUGCAACGUCUGCCGGAAAAGGGUGGGGUUGACCGGAUUCAAGUGCAAGUGCGGGAUCACCUUCUGUGGGAUUCACCGGUACCCCGAGAAACACGCCUGCUCGUUUGACUUUAAGACGGUCGGGAAGGAAGAGAUCGCGAGGAGUAACCCGCUGAUCAAAGCAGAGAAGCUCGAGAAGAUUUGAUGCCGCCCUUCGGAUCCGAUUCGUUUCGAAAAGAAAAAACCGCAGAAAUUUCCAAUCAGUCAAGGAUUGAUUGCAUUAGCAUGUUUGUGAAGGGAGGCCCAAUCGAUGAGCCGUCGGAGUUGCGAUCGUCACCGCCGGCCGUUCAUUGUCAAGCAGCACAUAUGGGAAAAUUUAAGUCUGAUAUAAAUAUUCUCUCUUUUCUGGGUUAAUUUAUAUUUAUUUUCGGAAGAAAUAAGUUAUUGUGGGCUUUGCUUGUAUGUUGAAGGAAAUCAAAAACAAAAUUAAAAUUUAUGUUUGGAUAAUUGAAUUUUCGGGUCCGAUUCCUUUGUAGAUAGAUA